AUGGAGUUAGGAAGCAAAAUGAUAUUAGAAGAAGAGGAAGAGGGUGAGGUGGUAGUAAGGGAAUAUAGCGAGAGCAGAGACAGAGAACUGGUAGGGAAGCUUGAGAAGAAGUGUGAGGUCAUCAACAAUGGCGGUUCAAGGAUUAACAGGUCCAAGGCAAAUUCCAAGAGUGUCUCGAUCUCCACGAACACGAUCAGUGAUGACCCUUCGUGUAGGAUUAGGCUCUACACUGUUCGGGUUAUGCUGGUCGCGGAGCUGCAGGGAAACGGGGAAGUCGUCGGAGUGGUAAGAGGGUGUAUUAAGAAUGUCUAUGUCAAAAAUACUUCCACUACAACUGCAAAUGCAGGGAUUGGAAGGCGAUGUGUCAAGUUGGGUUGCAUGCUUGGUCUUCGUGUUUCUCCUGCUCACAGGCGGAUGGGAAUUGGUUCAAAGCUCGUGCAGUCCCUCGAAGAUUGGAUGGCAGCAAACGGUGCACAAUACGCACUUCUAGCCACGGAGAAGACAAACACUGCUGCGAUGAAUCUCUUCAUCGCUCAACGCAACUACACAAUCUUAAGCUCAUUGGUCAUCUACAUGUGCCCGAUCAGCUCUAAGCCAAAGGAACAACCCCAGCACAUCAGAACGGAUAAGUUACUUGUGGACCAAGCCAUUUCCUUCUAUGAGAAGAGGCUAAAAUGCAAGGAUGUCUUUCCUGCCGACAUCUCCUCGAUCCUGAAAGAGAAGUUAAGCCUCGGGACAUGGAUUUCGUAUUUCGGUAAAGGGGUGGGCACAAAAGGAGGAGAGACCAAUAAUCUGGACUUCAUCGAGGAGGAACCGAGCUCUUGGGUUAUCUUCAGCGUAUGGAACACAUCCGAGGCCUACAAGCUUCAGAUUAGGAAAUCUCACGAGUUCAAAUUCUUUAGCUCAACGUUAAAGCAAGCAUAUAGCAAGAUCCUCCCGUGCCUUAAACUGCCCGCUCAAAGCUCGGUUCAAGAACCUUUUGGGUUCCUCUUCCUGUAUGGUCUACUCGGGGAGGGGGAGAGAGUUGGGGAGCUCAUCAAACAUAUGUGGGAUUUCACAGCUCGGCUAGCCAUAAAUCUGAAGGACUGCAGAGUUGUCCUGACCGAGUUAGGAGCAACGGAUCCUCUGAGGGAGCAUGUAUCUCUUGGUCCAUGCACCACUUGCAUAAACGAUGUCUGGUGCCUGAAGAAAUUAGUUAGGAUAUCAAAGUACGGGGAGGACAGGGGUGAGGAUUUAGCAGGGAAGAGAGCUGCAGGGAAUGUAUUUGUCGACCCUCGAGAUUUUUGAAGAUCUUUCGGGCCAAAUCUGUAGGUUCGGGAGUUCUGUCUUAACACUUGUACUGCCGCCGGAAAUAGUUUGGGCCCAAAAGAAGAUCCUUUACUCCCUUGAGGUUUAAUCGAUGUUCGUUUUGGGAAGCUCAAAUUUAAGAUCUACCGUUUGCUGUGUUUAUAAACCAUCUGAAAGGUGU